AUGAAAUCCGUAGUAAUUUUUGUGAUUUUUGCCUUGAUAGCAGCUAAUUGUGAAGGCAAAACGUUUUCAAGAUGUGAGCUCGUCGCACAAUUGAGAAGUCACGGCUUCCCUGAAAACAAGAUGAGAGAUUGGGUUUGUCUCGUUGAGCACGAGAGUGGACGAAACACGGGCAAGAUAGGAAAGGUGAAUAAAAAUGGUUCUAGGGACUACGGCCUAUUCCAGAUUAAUGACAAGUACUGGUGCAGCAAUACUAGUAGCAAAGGAAAGGACUGCAACGUGACUUGCGCCGAGGUGAGCCAAGACGAUAUAAGUAAAGCCGCGACCUGCGCGAAAAAGAUUUUCAAGAGACACGGCUUCAACGCCUGGUACGGAUGGAAGAACCACUGCCAGGGAAGUCUCCCAGACAUCAGUUCCUGUUAG